UACUUUUUCCAUUGCGGUUGUUUGUCUGAGCGUUUUUCUCUCAGCCAUUUCGCUGCAUGCUCGUACUCUUGCGUCAUCGCCUCGCUCUCUCGCCGCUCUCUCGCCCUCGGACGGCUGCACUUGCGUCUAUUGCUCCAAUUCGCACUUCUGCACUUGCUGCUGUGACUACUGCGACUGCGACUGCGACUGCAUCUCGCCCUCUCACACGCGCUUCGUCCAGCUGCCUCGCGCCGUCUCCGCCUUCCCUUCCGACCAGCCGUCGCUUCGCAUCCCACUCUGCAUCCUGCUCUGCAUUCACUGCACAGAACGCAGCGGCUCGACUCCGGAACUCAUCCCUCUCGCUGCUCUCACUGACGGCGUCUGCCUCUGCUUCUGCCUCUGCUUCAGUUCACCCUGCUCGCCUCCUCCACUCCAAGCCGGCCCUCCUGCAGAUGGACUUGUUGCCAGUCGCUGCUGAACUUGCUGGAACGCCCGGUGCCAUUGGGACGCUGAACUGCCCGCUGUGGCAUCAAGUCAUUGGCUCGUCUUCGCUCCAGGAGAUCCACCGCGUUGUGACCUCGCAUGGCUACUCGAUCCGCAUUGUCGGAGGUGCUGUGCGCGACCUGCUCAUGAACAUUCAGCCAAAGGACGUUGAUCUCGCGACGGAAGCGUUACCCGACGUGCUUCAGCACAUGUUCGAAGAGGCCGGGAUUCGCGUCAUCCCGACGGGGCUCAAGCAUGGCACCGUCACCGUCGUGUUUGAACGCCCGCCAUCAGCAGCAGAGCAGCAGCAGGUGGUCGACAACGGCACGGAUCCAGUAGCGGCUGCUGCUGCUACUACUGCUGCUGCAGGCAAUCCUCGAAAACUUUACGAUCAGUAUGAAGUGACAACCCUGCGCGUCGACAAAAUCACGGACGGACGCCAUGCCGAGGUCGAGUUUACGUCGGAUUGGAGCCUGGAUGCCCAACGUCGCGAUCUACGAUUCAACUCGAUGAGCAUUGAUUUCAACGGGACCGUGUACGACUACUUUGGCGGGGUACAAGACCUGCAAAACAAUCACAUCGCUUUUGUCGGCACGGCGGAUCUCCGCAUCAAGGAAGACUACCUCCGCAUUUUGCGCUUCUUCCGCUUCUAUGGCCGCAUGUGCGACUCGCUCGGGCAAGGAAAUGUGAGCGUUGAGCCUGGAACACUGGAGUGCAUUGCUGAAAAUGCUCCAAACUUGUCCGGCAUCUCGGCCGAGCGUAUUUGGCUCGAGUGUUCCAAAAUUCUCCAGCAACGCAGCUGCCCUCACACACUCGAGGUAAUGACGCGGUGCGGCGUUGCAAACAUCAUUGGGCUUGCUGAUUUGCAUCAGUCAGUAGCCUCCAGCGAGAUUCGGCUCUUGCAACAACUCGAAAUGGCCGUGAGGCAUACGACAGAGUUGGCGCUCCAACUCCCGCCCACCGAUGUUGCGGAUCGAUGGAAGGAACAUGCGUACAUUGAAAUGAUUCGUCUUUCCAACAUUGUGAAAAACGAAGAUUCCGCGGCCGAGCUUGCGCUCAGGUGGAAACUCUCCAACCAGCAGCGUGACUUGUUGCUCUUCCUCGUUUUCAAUCGACACCUGGUGAACGAGCCGGACUCUGCUUUUGCUCGUCGGCUUGCACUCGACAUGCUGGUCGAUAAAGUCCACCCUGACUGGGUUGCUGCGUUGGUCUUUCCAUACGUCUCACCCCAGGAAAUCUACUUUGCGAACAUCCCCGUCUUCCCUUUGUCUGGCGACGUGCUGGCCAAAAGCGGAGUGCCCAAAGGGAAAACGAUGGGACUGGUACUUGCUAGCACGCGACAGCUUUGGAAGAAUGCUGGAUUCCAAGUCAGCGAGAACGAGCUUGUUCAACAUGCCCUGCAAGUUUCUGGCAACCCCACCCUCGCUCUCCAGCCCGACCCGUCCAUGCAAACUGUAGUGAAUUUCGGCAACUUGUUACGUGCCAAGCAGAAGGGAAGCAAGCAAUCAGGAGGGCAUUAAUUUUUGUUUGAUGUUGCAAAACUGCAGCGAUCGAUCGUUUGAAUACAUCAUGAUUUACAGUCCAUGGCCAAGCUUGACGAGUCGGAACGAGGUGACUGGCGGCAGCUUAGCUGCUCGUUAUGCGCGUGUCCUGUUUUGAUUGAAGAAAUGGAAAAGCUUUGCGUGUAGUACAGUCGUUGACUUUGCUCUGGACUUUUUUCCUCGCGAC